UUGUUCAUGAACGAGAUGACAAUCUGCAUCUUCUGUUUUGGUUUCUGCAAGGCUGUUCUUUGAUCAACAUGCGUCUCUCGGACCCGAGCUCGGCGUCUGCCCUGGUGGAAGUGGCAUGUGCCCAGGUGUCCUUUCUCCUGAGAUUCAGCUUGGCUUUAAACUCAGACAGGGCCCACAAGGACAAAUGAGUAAUAACGAGCUGAUGCCUGCUGUUGGUGAAGAUGAAUUCUUACAGCAGCCUCAAGAUGAGGGAGAAGAGAAUCAAGCUCUGUGGACGAAAAAGAGUUGUUCAAGGUCAUUGGCCACUGUGCUCUUUCCCCAGGCUGAAGGCUCACGGACCCAUCAAAACUUUCAAGGGCCUGAGGCUGAAAAUUCCAACGCUGUGACCCCUCCGGACAAGGAGCGAAGUGAGGACAGAAGCUCUCCGGAGAUUAGCCUUCUCUCUGGCAUCAUCACAGUGCCUGGGGUAGUUUCUUCAGAGGACAAAUUGUCGGUCGACUCUGAGAAGACCGCCACAACACCCAAUAACGUCUCUGAGCCUGGACAGGAAGUCGCAGCGACCAUGACUAGGAAAGAAAGGAAGGGUGAAGAAAGCUCUCUGGAGACUUUUGUAUCUGCCAUAGACAGGUUACUGCCAUCGCCAGAAAUCGUCCAGGAGGAAGGGCUGUUUGAAAUCAUGAGCGAUUUCGAAGCUGGAGAGCUGUUGGACACACUGAGCUGCUCCCUGAGCUCCAUGUCCAUGUCCUUGGAGGGCCACAGAGAUCUGCUGGCAAACGCAGCUGACUGCCUGCCAGAUGAGCUGCUGGCAGCUCUCAACACACUGUCGGAAGACGGGGCGGAGCCGGUCUGUCCCAGCAGAGAGGGAGACGGUGCUCUGCGUGCUGGGGGUGAAUGUUCAGGAGAGGGGCCCUGUGCAGAUCACACCGAUGACUAUACGCAAAUAGCAGAGAUGAUUUUUGAGUCUCUCUGUUCUGUUCCGCUGCUGGAACAAGAUUCCAAAGCAGCUGAGCCACAGAACAAGCGUCAGUCCACGCAGCAGACUGUCGAAGACCCACAUCCACUAGGGUCUCAAACUCUGCAGCAGCCCAGUAGUAUCUCCUGUGAUCCAGCAAAUAACGAGGGGACUUCAGGUCUGCUGGGAAACAGCUCAGUCCAGGCUGCUCCUUGUGUGCUAAGAAGAUCAUCCCGACUGAAAGCAGACAGACAGACGCAAUACACAGACGACCUGUGCACAGGCCCAGAAAGCACUUGGCCAAAUAGGCCUGUCUGUGAGAGAAGGACAAAGAGCAGCUCUGCGACUGAGAAGUCCAGAAUACAGGACCCUGCUGUAAUGACUGAGAGCAAAGGGAAGAGUGUGCGUUCAUCUAGACCACAGGUCAGGAAAAACAAAAGAUCUACAGGAAGAAAGGCCCAAAUGAAGAUGAAUAAUAUACCUCUUUCUUGCAUUAAUCGGAGAAAUGCCUUUGGAGAAAAUUUACUUUAUAAGGCUGCUGUACAUGAUGACGUUGAUCUCAUUAAACUUUGUAUUAAAAAAGGUGGAAAUGUUAACCAACAAAGUUAUGCUGGUUGGACACCACUUCAUGAAGCUUGUGUAGGAGGGUUUUAUCAGGUUGUUAGUGAGCUCCUAGAGGGCGGGGCGGACGUAAAUAUCAGAGGAAUGCACCAGAUCACUCCACUACAUGAUGCUGUGAAAAAUGGACAUUAUAAGGUGGCAAAGUUGCUUCUUGUGAAGGGAGCCGACCCCUCACUCAGAAGUGAGAACGGCGGCUGUGCCCUGGAUGAGACCCAGGAUUCGAGCAUGCGGCGGCUCCUGCAGAGGUACCUCCCCGAGCGUGGAGAGCUGCGUGGCGCGGGGGCCGCAGCUCAGAACAGUAACUCCGACCAAUUAGAUGUGGAAGAUGCGCACCAGCAUAAGAAACCAAAAUUCAGUUCCAAAAAUGGCACUGGGUUUCCUUGUGAUAAAAAUUCCAACAGACAGAAGACAGCCUAUGCUGAAGUAGGUAAAGAAAGUGAAGAGACGUUCCCUACGGACCAAGUCAUAUAUGAGUAUUGUAAAGAAGACUCCCAAGACACAAGAGCCAGGAAACCCAAGCCUAAGCAAUCAGCUCUUAAGCAGAGACGCUCUGCAAGACUCAGAAAGGACACACUCCAGACUGUCAACAGUCUCAACCGGAAGGUGUCUAACGAUAAAGAAAGAAGAGGUACCCUACAUGAAUCGACUCAGGUGGGUGAGACUGCCCAGGAAAGCCAUCCAAGAAAGACUAGAGCUGACUCCUCUUCCAGAAAGACAGAUGGACGGAUUACACACCAGCAAGGUGUUCUCCAGACCCACGGUCUUCCUGAAGAGUCCUAUGACUCUCCCAGCCCACCUCUGUCAAACCUCCAAAGUAUGUCUGGCAGCAAUACUGAGACUCAUUUAACUCCCAAAAAGACACGUGGCCAGAAACCUGAUGUGUCAGGUAGUCAAGAAGUAAAAUGGUCGGGAUUACAAUCCGUUGACCAGCCUGAAGUGGUCUCUUUCCCAGGACUCUGUUCACACCAUGAAAUGGAGUUGGUGGAUACUUCUGCCGGUCAGCAGCCUCGAACUCCCCAGAAGCUAGAGCAGGUUAAGCCUGAUACAUUUCAUAAAAACAGAAAGUCAGGGGGGAAAGCUAAGAAUCUUAAUAAGUGGGAAACCUCUUUCUUGUCCUUUAUAAAGGACAAUGUUAAUGAUGCUGCUGCUGCUGAUGAUGAUGGGGGUGACUCCUAUACUUGUGAGGAGACUGUACCAGCUGAAAAGAUGGCGUGUUCUGUAGCUAGCAAGAACAGCUACACUUGUGACGAGACUGUAACAAAUAGAAAGGAUGUGGGUCUUCAACAGUACUUACCUUCUGAGGACCAGUUUUCACAGGAAAGUCAGUUAAAAGCAGACAGCCCAGCUAUACUCCCACAACAGGAAGCUGCUCAUUUUGCCGAGUCAGUUAGCACGGUAGUUUCUGGGCAGCACAAUGCAGUCUCUGAACAGUAUGCAGAGCAGCCUUCUUUUGAUCAUUCACUUGACAAUUCUGAGCUUACAUCCCUGGCUCCUACAAGAGUGCUUUCAGCACAAGAGGUUUCUAAGUCGAAUAAUCGUCAGGAGCUACUGAAAAAGACCCAGGAUGAUAGCUCCAGGGCACCAACUUCUUUAAUGAGUCAAACAGAUACUCUCGCUCUGGGAAAGGUCAGAAGAAACGAGGAGACCCAUAGGAGCUGCACUGACAAAGACCAGCAGGCACGUUCUCCAGAUGAGCUUUUGCACACAGUUGUCUAUCCUCACGUAGUAGAAACAACUGAAGCUGACAAAAGGAAGCAAGGCUUUCCAGGAAGCCACAUCACACAUGACAGAGAUCUCCCUCCCAUUGACACUGCGGAUAAAGAAUCGACCGACAUCUCACAACACAGGCAAAGAGCAGAGGCGGAAGUUUCUCACAACCCAGAAAUGAAAACAGCUGGGGUCAAUAAGAGGAUGGCCAAAGGGGAAAGCCGGCUUCACUUGGCUGCCAGAAGAGGAGAUGUGGCUCUGCCGAGAACACUGCUAGAAUCUGGAGCAGAUGUGAACCAGGGAGAGAACGCAGGCUGGACACCACUUCAUGAAGCCUCUAGUAAGGGAUUCAGUGAUAUAACUGCAGAGUUGUUGAAAUCGGGUGCUGGUGUCAACUGUGAAAAUCCAGAUGGAAUCCUGGCCUUGCACGACACUGCAGCAAACAGUCACUUGCAGGCCACGGAGAUUCUACUGCAACAUGGAGCCAGUCCAAGUCAGAAGAACGAGGAACAGAGGACAGCUGUGGAUGAAGCCAGAGACGAGGCCGUGAAAGAGCUGCUGACAUCUCACGGUGCUGUUAAGGUGGCCGGCAGAGAGGAGAGGAGUGCCGCUGCCGCUGGUGCGGGUGCUGUAAAAAUUCCUACUGCUCGGUCAAAAAGGAAGAAGAAGCAAUGUGAUGACUGCAGACCUGCUGCUUCCCCUGGUCUUGAACACCAAGGGGAAACACAGCAAGCCCGGCCCGGGCAUCAGACCAUCAGUGACAUUCUGCAAGAUAUAGAAGAAAAACAAGAACAUUUAUUGCAGUUUGAAAUAAGAAGCCCUGAAGAUGCAGACCAAUACAUUGAAAAGAUGUUGAUGAUAAAGGAAGUUAUGGAUAAUGUACUUGCCAAACAGAAGGUGGAAAGGGAUGACCUGGCCAAAAAAUACAGGGUAUCUAUAGAGUCAUUUAAGCACGGGGUCCUGAGGGAACAGCUGGCAAGCCUAGCCUCCAGACAGAAGAACCUUUUAGUUGUAGCAAGGAAACAGAAAGAAGUAAGCCUGAAGAUUCAAAACUAUAAAAAUGUCAUGUCCACAUCUGGUCUUGGUUUGAAGAAACUGCCGCCCAGCUCAGGAAUUGCUGCCGAGGACAGUCAUGCGUUUGCCAGCCUGGAAAAUCCAGCACAGCCCCGGUGCCCUGGCCUUUCUCCUCUCAGCCAGGUUUGUGGAAGCACGCAGGAAACACAGUUGUCUCUGGAAAUGUGGCGUGACAGCCAGAAUGCCAAUAUUGGUCUGCGUGCAGAAACAGAGGGAAGGGAAGAGCUUCCUGGAAGUGAACAGAGUUCUAAACAACACGUCAAGAAUCGUACCUGGGAUGAGUUAUCCAAAUCCAGCCAAUUAGAUGACACUACAAAGGCUGAAUCACCAUCCCAACCUGUUGCUCUUUUUGCUAACACAGGCUGUUCAGAAAUCAAAAGUAAUCCGGUGGAAACAACCCCGGAAGGACCUCAGUUGUACAGUCCCUCAGCAGUAGCUGGAAUCUUAAAUGUUUCCGAAACCACUGGUGUACUUGCUCCAAAGACUGCCCACCAAGCUGCUGCUGUUUGUGACGGGGCUCUUUCCGCUGAUGAUCCGGUCAGAGAGAGCAGGAAGGCAGCUUCCCAGGAGCAAGCGAGGAUGGCCUCAGAAUCUCAGGCAGGUCGGAACACUGCUGUCUUAGGCAGAGAGAUGUGGCAGCAGAGUAAACCAGGUCUUAAAAAACCGGCGUUUGCUAUUCCACAGACAUAUGACAACCAGAGCGCUUCCUCCUCUGGGUCUGACAGUCAGCACACUGCAAAGAAGCCUUUAACCUGUAGCUCGGCUCCUAAAAAGAAGUGUGUGCAGCUUAAGGAUCUGAUAUCCCUUGGGAGAGUCAGUCCAGGAAGUAACAUUCUGGAGUUCAAAACCCAGGAGACCACCCAUAAAGCCAGUGUUUUAUUGAGUGGUAGAAUCAAGGCGGAAAGUGGACAGGUUUAUCAGAAUCCAGUUGCCUGGGUCAAAGAUCUUUUGGGAGGCAGUAGUCAUGUGACCUGGAACUAUGCCUGGAGCAAGGUCACGUAUCUUGGGAAAGAGCUUUUGAAGUAUACGUCAGAGGAAGUUCCCACACCUCCAGAACCAAACUUGGCACCUCAGCAUCAGUCUUGUCUCUCAGGAGCCUCCCAAGAGACAGUGCAGAGCGUGCCACAUUACCUACAGAUAAAGGAAAUCCUACUAAGCGACGACCAAGAGUAUCUCCCUCCCCACAUAAUGGACCGGCACUGGAAGUUCUACGUGGAAUGUGAGCAGCUGACGUUCUGACGCCCUGCUUUCUCCACCGUCUCUUAGGCGCCUGUUCCUGCGAUCGCCAGCAUUCAUAUUUUAUUACCUUCUGUUGUUUGGUGCGCCUGUCUGAACACAGACUUCAUGGGUGCUACUUAAGAUGUCUAUUUGCAGUUGUAAGAAAACCUCUUCAGAUAGCACAAUGUUAAUACUUCCUUGUGACUGAAAUAAAGGCACU